AUGGGCCCUGCUGCCGUUGUGCUGCCGGUGUGCUGCCCGGUCACCUGCCCGGGGGUGGUAAUGCCGAAACCGGAGCGGUUCGGCGCUUCUGCUUCUGUCAAAAUACAAAUAAAAUGGGUAAAUGUCAAAACGAAUGAUAUAACAGUUACAUUAAAGUGUGAUCUAUUUUGUAGCCUUAAAUUGGAAUGUGAGAAACUGGCAAGUGAAAAGACAGAAAUGCAGAGGCACUAUGUGAUGUAUUAUGAAAUGUCGUACGGAUUAAACAUUGAAAUGCACAAACAGACAGAAAUCGCCAAGAGAUUGAAUACAAUUUGUGCACAAGUCAUCCCAUUUUUGUCUCAGGAACAUCAGCAGCAAGUGGCCCAAGCUGUAGAACGUGCCAAACAAGUGACCAUGGCUGAACUGAAUGCUAUCAUCGGGCAGCAGCAGUUGCAGGCUCAACAUCUGUCCCAUGGCCAUGGACCUCCAGUGCCUCUAACACCACAUCCGUCAGGACUUCAGCCUCCAGGAAUCCCUCCACUGGGAAGCAGUGCUGGCCUUCUUGCCCUUUCUAGUGCUUUGGGUGGGCAGUCUCACUUGGCAAUAAAAGAUGACAAGAAGCAUCACGAUGCAGAACACCACAGAGACAGAGAGCCGGGCACAAGUAAUUCUCUGUUGGUCCCAGACAGUCUGCGAAGCACAGAUAAACGCAGGAAUGGCCCUGAAUAUACCAAUGACAUCAAAAAGAGAAAGGUGGAUGAUAAGGAUUCCAGCCACUAUGACAGUGAUGGGGACAAGAGUGACGAUAACUUGGUUGUAGAUGUAUCCAAUGAGGAUCCUUCUUCCCCAAGGGCAAGUCCCACUCAUUCACCACGUGAAAAUGGUAUAGAUAAAACCCGCCUGCUGAAGAAAGAUGCCUCUAGCAGUCCAGCAUCUACAGCCUCUUCAGGAAGUUCCACUUCUCUCAAAUCCAAAGAAAUGAGUCUGCAUGAAAAAGCCAGCACGCCUGUUCUGAAAUCCAGCACACCAACUCCUCGAAGUGAUGUGCCAACCCCAGGCACUAGUGCAACUCCAGGACUUCGUCCAGGCCUUGGCAAGCCUCCAGCAAUGGACCCUCUGGUUAACCAAGCUGCUGCAGGUUUGCGGACACCGUUGGCAGUACCGGGACCGUACCCUGCUCCCUUUGGAAUGGUUCCUCAUGCUGGCAUGAAUGGAGAGUUAACCAGUCCAGGGGCAGCCUAUGCCAGUCUGCACAAUAUGUCACCCCAGAUGAGUGCUGCUGCUGCUGCAGCUGCUGUGGUUGCCUAUGGAAGAUCUCCUAUGGUUGGGUUUGAUCCCCCUCCUCACAUGAGAGUACCUGGAAUCCCUCCAAAUCUAGCAGGAAUUCCUGGGGGGAAACCAGCCUACUCCUUUCACGUUACUGCAGAUGGUCAGAUGCAGCCGGUUCCUUUCCCUCCUGAUGCCCUCAUCGGUCCAGGCAUCCCUCGCCAUGCCCGUCAGAUCAACACUCUGAACCACGGGGAAGUUGUGUGUGCAGUCACCAUCAGCAACCCCACGAGACACGUGUACACGGGUGGGAAGGGAUGCGUCAAAGUCUGGGACAUCAGCCAGCCUGGCAACAAGAGCCCUGUCUCUCAGCUGGACUGCCUGAACAGAGAUAACUACAUCCGCUCUUGUAAAUUGAUGCCUGAUGGAUGCACCCUAAUAGUUGGUGGGGAAGCCAGCACAUUAUCCAUAUGGGACCUGGCAGCACCAACUCCUCGUAUAAAAGCAGAGCUGACAUCCUCCGCCCCUGCCUGCUACGCUCUGGCUAUUAGUCCUGAUUCCAAGGUGUGCUUUUCCUGCUGCAGUGAUGGGAACAUCGCAGUGUGGGAUCUGCACAAUCAGACGUUGGUCAGGCAAUUCCAGGGCCACACAGAUGGAGCCAGCUGUAUUGACAUUUCUAAUGAUGGUACCAAGCUCUGGACAGGAGGUUUGGAUAACACUGUCAGAUCUUGGGACUUGAGGGAGGGGAGACAGCUACAACAGCAUGACUUCACAUCACAGAUAUUUUCUCUUGGUUAUUGUCCUACUGGUGAAUGGCUAGCUGUGGGAAUGGAGAGCAGCAACGUAGAAGUGCUACAUGUAAAUAAACCAGACAAAUAUCAACUGCACCUUCAUGAGAGUUGUGUAUUGUCACUCAAAUUUGCUUACUGUGGAAAAUGGUUUGUGAGUACUGGGAAAGAUAACCUUCUUAAUGCAUGGAGAACUCCUUAUGGAGCCAGUAUCUUCCAGUCCAAAGAAUCUUCGUCAGUGCUUAGCUGUGACAUCUCUGUGGAUGAUAAGUACAUAGUCACUGGCUCUGGAGACAAAAAGGCUACAGUCUAUGAAGUUAUCUACUGAAAAAUAUGAUGGGGAUAUAACUUUUAGAAGUUGAACUGGGCCAAAAUUGUUCUUAAUUGUACAAGUAGAAAGGUUUUACCUUUUAAAAAGGAACAAAAGUAUUGAGGUUCCAGACCUUGCCAUGAAACUACUCCAAUUUUUCAAAAUAGAAGGCAACAUCCAGCAACUAAAUAUUGGCUACGUGGACCAAAUGGAACACAGAGGCAAGAUGGACAGAUGUAGCCUAGGUUUUUGACAUAGUUUUUAAAAGCCAAGUCUACUGAAGAAUGUUGGAGCCUUUUAUUUUUUUCUUUCUUUGUGACCUCACGCAAAUUGUUCUCAUUGCCUGAAUAUGGGGGAUAAAUACCUUUCUGUUCCUUGCAGUUCAAGUUGCAUUCUGUCCUGUGUAGAGCAGUGGUGUCUCACAUGAACUUGCUUCCUGGUUUUGCAUCUUGUGAUAUGUUUUUGUAUUUUUGUUGAAGGUCAAACAUUUGUAUAAACUGUAAAUAUAUUUAGUUUACUACAGUAAAGGCUUUAGUACCAACAACCAGUCUUCCCUCCCUACCCGCUCCCUGCCCACCCUGCUUAUUUAAAAUUAAAAACCUUUUGGGGAUAUAAGUACCUUUUUAGAAGCAAAAGCAAACACUAUGUAUAGUUUGAAAAUGGUGUCUUAUUCUUUAUAACUCUUCCUAGAUUCCUUUAUCAUACUUCAAA